AUGAUGGAUUUGGCUUUGUAUAGACUGAUUGUCUUCAAUCUGCUUCAGCUCAAUUGGAAGAGUGUGAUGGUUUUUCAUUGCUGGUCCUUGGACGAAGCUCUUCCUCUGGCUGAGAUGCUGAGUGGAAAUGACAUUUAUUCGCAAUAUAUUGACCUGCAACAAGGCCAUGAGCAUUUGGCCAAUAUACACAAGGAGUAUUUGGACAGUGACUUGGUCAAAUUGGCUGUGUUUUUGGACUUGAACUGUGAGAAAGCUGAGCUUAUUACAAAUCAGUCCAGUCGUGCCCGUCUGUAUAAUAAUAAUCUCCAUUGGCUGCUCUACGAUCAGGCUGGGAACUUUACCAAAUUAAGACAGCUCUUUGGGGCUGCUAAUCUUAGUUUGAAUGCUGAUGUGACCUAUGUCAGGCAGCAGGAAGAGGAUCUAUUUAUCCUUUAUGAUGUAUACAACAAAGGCAGCCACUUGGGUGGACAGCUAAACAUAACCAUUGACCAGAGUCUUCAGUGUAACAGUAGUCACUGUCAGGUGAAGGAAUACCUAAGCAAUCUGCAUGAAGGAACUCGCCUGCAGCAGCGUCUAGACUUGUCCAGCAUCACUUUUCGAUUGGCUGCCUUGGUUUCUGUGCUACCCAUUAACUCAAGCGAGGACGUUCUCCUAGAGUUUCUCAAUAGCGAAAGGGACUCCCAUAUGGACUCCAUUUCUCGAAUUGGCUAUCACCUCAUUCUGCAUACUCAAGAAGUGCUGGGUUUCAAGUUGGACUACAUUUGGUGUGGUACCUGGAGCGUUCAGGAUGCUUUCGGUGGCGCCAUUGGCCUGCUGGUCAAUGAAUCCGCAGAGCUCUCUACUUCUCCUUUUGUCCCAUCUUGGAAUCGCCUUCAUUACGUGCAUCCCAUGACGGAACAGGCUCCCUUUCGGGCUGUGUGCAUGUUCCGGACACCACACAAUGCUGGGAUUAAGGCGGCUGUGUUUCUGGAACCCUUUACACCCACCGUUUGGUUUGCCUUUGCAGGUUUGCUGCUCUUUGCUGGAAUCCUGCUAUGGUUGAUCUUCCGACUGGAGAGGCAGUGGAUGCGACGGUGUCUGGAGUUCAUGCCCUCGCUGCUCACCAGCUGCUUGAUUAGCUUUGGAGCUGCCUGCAUUCAGGGUUCUUAUUUGAUGCCCAAGUCAUCGGGUGGAAGAUUGGCCUUCAUUGCCGUGAUGUUAACCUCGUUCCUCAUGUACAACUACUACACCUCGAUAGUGGUGGCCAUGCUGCUUGGAUCGCCAGUGCGAUCCAAUAUUCGGACCAUCCAGCAGCUGGCUGACAGCUCUCUGGAUGUGGGAUUCGAUACGGUACCAUUUACCAAGACUUAUCUGGUGUCUUCGCCACGAUCGGAUAUUCGUAGCCUGUACAAGCAGAAGGUGUUGAGCAAGCGGGAUCCCAAUAGUGUUUGGCUUUCUCCCGAGGAAGGUGUGAUCAGAGUGCGCGAUCAGCCUGGAUUUGUUUAUACCUCGGAGGCCUCCUUCAUGUAUCAUUUUGUGGAGAAGCACUAUCUGCCGCGUGAGAUUUCCGACCUGAAUGAGAUUAGCCUAAGACCCGAGACCGCUGUCUAUGGUAUGAUCCAUCUGAACUCCACCUAUCGGGAGAUACUCACUCAACUGCAAGUGCGGAUGCUGGAGAGUGGCAUCACCUCGAAACAGAGCCGAUUCUUUAGCAAGACCAAGUUGCAUACCUUUUCCAAUAGCUUUGUGAUCCAGGUGGGCAUGGAGUAUGCAGCUCCCUUGUUUUUGUCCCUUUUGGUGGCCUACAUAAUGGCACUGAUGAUACUCCUGCUGGAAAUCUCAUGGGCGCGUUAUGGCAGAAAGAAGCUAGCCAGCGUCUUUCCACAGAAUUAG